AUUAUCUGCAGAGACGAGGCUGUGCACACCCCCCGCCUCGCUCCAUACUACUCUCGUCCUACCGAUCUCGAUCCCGAUCCCGAUCCCGCUCCUGCCGUCGCCUCCACGGGGAGAGCCGAUUCGCCUCCCUCGCCGAAUAUCGAGACGAUGGGGAUGAAGAGAUGUUGCACGAGAGGCCGGGGCGUCGGCCGCGGCGUCGUCGAGCUCUGGCACCGCGAGCUCGGGGACUUCCCCCCGAGAGCCUUCGCCCACCGCUUCGUUGCUUCCGAGGACCUUGUUCUUCGUUUUGGAGUCCAUAGAAAGUUAGACAAUCAUAGAGGCUGUGUCAACACUGUGAGCUUCAAUGCAGAUGGUGACACUCUCGUAUCCGGUUCUGAUGAUAGAAAGGUGAUUCUAUGGGAUUGGGAUGCUGGCCGUGUUAAAUUAUCCUUUGACUCAGGCCACUCAAACAAUGUUUUCCAAGCUCGAUUCAUGCCUUACACAGAUGACCGGAUCAUCAUCACCUGUGCUGCAGAUGGUGAGGUAAGACAUGCCCAAAUACUAGAAGGUGGAAAAGUGGAUACAACAUUGCUGGCUCAACAUGAUGGACGGGCUCAUAAAUUGGGUAUUGAGCCUGGGAGUUCUUAUAUAAUUUAUAGUUGUGGUGAAGAUGGACUGGUUCAGCAUAUUGAUUUGAGAACAAAAACUGCUACAAAGCUAUUUACUUGCAGAUCGACUUACGGGGCGGCCAUUCAUUUAAAUGCUAUUGCAAUAGACCCAAGGAGUCCCAAUCUAUUUGCAAUUGCAGGAACAGAUGAAUAUGCUCGAGUUUAUGACAUUCGCAAGUAUAUGUGGGAUGGAUCAACUGAUUGUGAUUAUCCUGCUAACUUCUUCUGUCCCCGUCAUCUCAUUGGCAAUGAUAAUGUUGGAAUUACAGGGUUGGCAUUCUCAGAUCAGAGUGAGCUAUUGGCAUCAUACAAUGAUGAGCUGAUAUAUCUCUUCUCUAAGGAUCAAGGACUCGGACCCAAUGCAGUUAGGGAAUCUCCAAUAUCUAGUGUGAAUGCUGAUGCUGGAGAUAAAUCUAAAUCAGCUUCACUUCUGUCUCCAGUUGAUGGGGAUCAAACUGGACCACAGGUAUACAAGGGACAUCGUAACUGUGAGACUGUCAAGGGUGUGAGCUUCUUUGGUCCAAACUGUGAGUAUGUUACUAGUGGUUCAGACUGUGGACGGAUCUUUAUAUGGAGAAAGAGGGAUGGAAAGCUUUUGCGCGCCAUGGAAGGAGACAAAUAUGUGGUCAAUUGUAUUGAACCUCACCCUUAUGCUACUGUGAUAGCAAGUAGUGGCAUAGAGAAUGAUAUAAAAAUUUGGACUCCCAAUGCUGCAGAACCAGCUGCACCUGUAAAAAUAGAGGAGUUAAAGCCGCACAAGAGAAGAAGCAGGUUCUUCCGCUUUGCUCUUCCUGAAGACAUGAUAGCACAGAUCUUGGCACUGCAAAGGAUGCAGACCAGGUCAGGUGAUACAGAUGAAGAUCUAGCAGCUAAUGCAGACUUGAUGGACCUUAUAAUGCAUUUAACAAACAGAGAUGGUUCCUCCGAUGAGAAUGGGGAUACCUCAGAGACCCCGGGCGACUGUAUCGUUAAUUGAUGCAAUUUCGUGUGGUUGCAGCUCAAAAAUUUGUACAUGUGAAUAAAAUUCUGCUGUUUAACUGAGAUGAUUAUUAAGCAUCUACUAAAUUGAUCAUUAAGUUCUUUA